AUGGCAGACGAUUUCAAUGAUGAGAGUACAUCAAUAUCGGUGGUCGUAGGCGAACCGACGUCAGAGGCAUCAAAUGCAUUUGAGAAGGAACUACCCUCUGAAGGUUGUUCUCCAGCCCCUUCGAACUGCUCGUUCAUAAGUGAGCAGGAAGGCACUGAAGCUAAUCUUCUUCGUCAAUCACCGUUUCUCAAUCUUAAUCAAGCGUCUCCGAACACAUUCUCAUGUCUGCCUCGUCCAGAUCUCUUAAACAAUUCUAUUGCUGACUCGGAGACUUCUUCCCGCUCAAGUCUAGAUGGAUCGUUUUUUUCCAAGGAGUCUUCUUCCGAGGGAAUCGAGAAAUUUCGUGUUCGGCGUUCUGCACGAAAGUUAUCUUCAUCAUCAAGUGACUCUGAUGGAAGCGAGCUUACUGUAGGAGGAGGAUCAUUGGAUGGAGAUGAGCCAAUAGCUAGAAAAUUGAGUAAAACCAGGUUGCCAGAAUCGAACCUUCCCGUUGCACGACCAUUAGAUGCUCCACGAGGGCGAAUCGCCAACAUACGUCGAGAAAGCGACUGUUCGUUGAAUAAUGAGGAAUUACGUCGACGUGCUCCGUCAGCUUCACCAAUUGGUGAGCCGAUAUCGAUCGUCACUAACGUGUUCUUGCCACAUAGCUGUUCACCUAGCCCCACGAGAGUUACGGAUAUGCAUAAGGUUAGCAAUGUGUGGAAGCCAUAA